CGGAUAAAAUAGAAGCUUCGGUGUCGUUUGACUAGUGCUGUUGUGUGGAGUCGAAAACGAAACCUCUGGUUAACGGUGUUGAAUUUGUAUUUUUUUUCCUCUUGAAUAUCUGUAUCAACUAAUUAUGUCUGACAUGGAAGAUGCGGAAUUUCUUGAAUGCCCAGAAGAUACGACAGUUAUCACUGAGGAGAAAGAUACCAGUGUUGAAGUCAUUGGCUAUGAGGUUAAGAAUGGUGACAGAGAGGAUAUAGUGCAGACUAUCAAAGCUUUAAAAAAUGUGAAAAGUGCCAUAAAGUAUCAAGAUGAGCAAUCUUUGCAAGAUGCAUUGGACAAAAUCAAGGAACGGCCAUAUAUAGAUGCCGAGUUCCAAGAGCAAAUUACAAUGCUAAAAAGUAUUUCUGAAUCUGAAGAGUAUGCUGAUUUUCGUGAAGUGGUGAAUGAUGCAAUUACUCAACUGAAUGAUGCACAAGAAACAUCAAAAGGAAAGAAGACAUCGCUCAGUCGCUCAAUCGAAAUUUUGAAAGAAGUCUUGCCAAUUUUUACCGAGGCUUGUUCUAGUUAUGUGGAGAAGGUGGAACCAUCCCCUCAAAUCAACCUGAUCUUGAGAGAACUUGAUGGUCUUCGCAUCAAGCUAAAGGAAUGCGAAAAGGUAGAGGUUGGUGAUGUUGAGGCAGCCAAGAAGUAUGAAAAAAAAGGAGAGGUGCUGCUUGAGGAUGCUGUGAAACACGGACUCGAAGAUGUGAAAAGAAUUGAGAAAAAAAUCAAACAAGAAAAAGAUGCCGAUAUGUUGAAAUAUUUUCAAGAAACCAGGAAAGAAACCAAUAGCAGAAUGGAUUUUCUUACAAACGAUUUUGAUAAUAUGAAAAACAAUUGCGCCGAAGAUAUUCAACUGACAGAAAAUGCACUUUGCGUGGAGGCUGAGUGUACAUUGAUAGCUCGCAGGAAGUUUGAGGAAAAAGAUAAAGAACUCGAUGAGCUAAUUUUGGCCGACAAAAAAGAAGAAGAGCGAUUGCGUGAAAAGCUUCAAAAACUUAUCAAGAAACGAGAAGAGUUAGAGGAAGACAGAGAAGUAAGAAAAGCUGUUCAACAAAAAGCAGAAGAGGUGCACGCUGGGGCAGAGAAAGAGUUGAAUGAACUCCUUUCUAAGUUAAACGAACUUUUGCCGAAAGUAAACACGGCCAGUGUCGUUCUUAAACAGACCAAAGACGUUUGCAAUAUGCUUUUCGACAAAGCUGUUGAAAGCAAGAAUAUACAAAAUCGUAAUUUGGACCUCGUCUUGCUGCAGACGAUGGAAAAUCGUCACAUUGCGUUGAUUGCACAAGGAGUUAACUUCCUCAGUAUACAAGAAAGGGAAAAAGAAACUGUGGAAAUGAUCAAAGAAAAGUUGAAGAAGAAGAAAGGAAAACUGAACGAGGCUGUCAAACAUCACUGGGCUAGCGAAGCGAAGAAAUUACGUGAAAAAAUUGAUAGACUCUCAAAAGACAUGGAACUGAGCAAGAAAAACGAACAGAAAGUUGCAGAAAAGUUAGAUGUUUUGACAGAAAAAAUCUCUGAAGUGGAAAUGAAACUGGACGAAUCUUGUGUAAAAUAUGUUACUUUGAAACAGAGAUAUGAGGAAUACAAACAAAGUAAUGAUGAGGAUGGAGGCUUCUCCCUCACUUCUAUGUCUUCAUUUUGAAAGUAUGAAAAAGUAAGACCAUAAUAAUCAAGUUCACUGUUAUUAUUCACGCACGUGAUGAAGAAACAGUAUAUAGUCUCCUAAUAAAUGACUUCAUCAGUUGUUUGAAAGUUUAUAGAACUGUAUAAAAGCAUAUUAUGUUAGAUCCUGGCGUUAUUUUAUUGUUUUGUGAUUAGGAAUUGUUCAAUACAUCCGUAAACGUUUGUAAUCAUUUUGUGCUGUAGUGAAAAAUUUGCCAAUUACCAUCAGUAUUCAAAUUUUGGUCUGUAUGAUGUACGACCUUAAUUGUGAUUUGCUCAUAUUCAAA